AUGUUGGAAGGCUUGGUUGCGGGGUUGCUCAACCGCUUCUUGGGCAUGUACGUCAAGAAUUUUGACCCCGCCCAAUUGAAAGUUGGUAUAUGGUCCGGCGAUGUGAAGCUACGCAACCUCGAGCUUCGCAAGGAGGCGCUUGACCAACUCAAACUCCCUAUCAAUGUCAUAGAGGGACACCUAGGAGAGUUAACCCUCGUCAUACCUUGGUCCAAUUUACGAGGAGCUCCAGUAAAGGUGUUUAUCGAGGAUGUGUUCUUGCUUGCAUCUCCCAAGGAAGAAGCGGCUUACGAUGAAGAUGAAGAGGAGCGUAGGCGACAACGAUUGAAGAUGGAAAAACUCGAUUCUGCCGAACUCUUGAAAGAACGAUCCCAAGAAGGACUUAACCAGGAGGAACAGAAGAAAAGCCAGAGCUUUACAGAGAGCUUAGUCACUAAGGUUGUUGACAAUCUGCAAGUCACUGUCAAGAAUAUUCAUGUUAGAUAUGAGGAUUCUUUAUCCGCGCCUGGCCAUCCUUUUGCGCUUGGUAUCACUCUCGCUGAGUUCAGCGCGGUCAGUACUAAUGGUGAAUGGAAGCCUACCUUCAUCCAAAAUUCUACCGAUACUACUCACAAGCUGGCCACGCUUGGCGCAUUAGCAGUUUACUGGAACACAGACACUACGUUACUCGGACCAGGCCGUGAGGUAGGCAAUGAGGAUCAGUCAAUGUCUCAUGGUGAUAUGAUAAAGAGCUUCAAAGAUAUGAUCGGCAAUGGCAAUGAUACACCAUCGACCGAUCAUCAGUUUAUUUUGAAGCCGGUGAGCGGCCAAGCUAAGAUUGAACUAGACAAGACAGGCGAUGUGCAUGUGCCGAAAUUUAAGGCAAGCUUGCUAUUUGACGAAAUUGGUGUUGUUCUUGAUGAUGAUCAAUAUCGAGAUGCUCUAAUGAUGGUUGACCUCUUCCAUUACUUCAUUCGCCACCAAGAAUACAAGAAGCUUCAACCAAAGGGAGUAACACCGAAGGAAGACCCUCGUGCCUGGCUCAAGUUUGCUGGAAAUUCAGUGCUUAGUAAGAUUCACGAGAGGAAUCGUCGAUGGACUUGGGAUUACUUUCGAGAACGUCGCGAUGAUCGACGUCAGUACAUUGAAUUAUUCAAGAAAAAGAAGGCGAACCAGCAGCUAUCGUCACAGGAAACUGAGGAUCUUAAUAAGCUAGAAUGGAAGCUCGGGUAUGAAGAUUUGCGCUUUUGGCGAUCUUUAGCCCGCAAUCAACUGAGAAAAGAGAACGCCGAAGCGCUCAAGAAGGCACCAGCGAAGAAGGAUCAACAACAGCAAGGGUGGAUAUCCUGGGUAUGGGGUUCUAAGCCGGCUGAAACCACGGACUCGGAAGAGGAGAAUACCCAAAUAACUGAGGAGCAGCGUAAGGAGCUCUACGAGGCGAUUGAUUGGGAUGAGAAGACCGCCCUCGCCGAAGCUGUCGACACACCGCGGGAUACUGUUAAAAUGCAGGUUGAUGCGUCGCUCAGUACGGGAAGUUUCACUCUCAGGCAGAGCCCUCAUGGGAGCAAGACGGAUCUUCUGAGCUUGCAUUUUGACGUAUUCAAAUCGAAAGCACUUAAACGCCCCGACUCCGUUCUUCUUGACAUUAGCCUUGGCGGCUUCCGAGUUAACGAUGGCACUACCCCGGAGAGCUUGUUUAAGGAGAUUGUUCGAGUCAAGGACGCGCCGGAUUCUAGUAAGAGGCGAUUAUCUAUCGCUGAGCUCGAGAGAUCCGAACAAGAGACUUUCUUCGAUUUGCAGGUAGAGCAAAAUCCUCUUGAUAAGCAGGGUGACUUCGCAGUCACUGCGAAGCUCAAGCCGUUAGAAAUAGUCUGGAACCCCAAUUUCGUCGUCGGAGUCGUUGACUUCUUCAAACCACCAGAGAGACACAUGGAAUCCAUAACUGCUCUGAUGGAGACGGCCGGAGCCACCGUCGAGGGGUUGAGGCAACAAACGCGUGCCGGUCUUGAGUUCGCUCUUGAAGAACACAAAACUAUUAACGCCAAGCUAGAUCUCCAAGCACCGCUCAUCAUAAUUCCACAAUCUAUCAAGACCCAGAGAUCUACUUGUCUUAUUUUAGAUGCUGGUCAUAUUAGCGUCAACAGCGAGUUGGUCGAUAAAGGAACUCUGAAACAGGUGCAAGAUAAGCACAACCAAAGAUUUUCCGAAGACGACUUCAAACAACUCGAGUCUCUCAUGUACGAUCGCUUCCUUGUUAAACUAACGUCUACACAAGUCCUGAUUGGGCCUUCAAUUGAGGAAACAAAAACUCAGCUGGUCGAAAAAGAUGACACUCGCAUGAUGCAUAUCGUGGACAAAAUCAAUGUCGACUUUGUAGUGGCUCUAUCAAUUCUACCAAAGGCACCAAAUCUAACUAAGGUCAAAAUUUCUGGUCAUAUGCCUGUGUUGCAAGCUUCAGCUUCGGACACGAAAUACAAGAGCCUCAUGAAAUUAAUUGAUGUUGCCAUACCGAAGCUUGGUGGAGAAGAAGAGUUGGCAAGAAAUCAAGGUCAACCUAAGAGGCCACGAUUGCUCAGUUCUACGUCAAGUCGAUCGCCCAAAACACACAAUCGCAAGAGUUCAGCUAAUUUAUUCCUCACUCAACAAACUGCCGUUAUCCUGGAAAAUGAUUCAGACUCUGACUCCGAUGAAUUUGAGGAUGCAGCAGACGGAAGUGCUACUCAACAGCUCAAGACACAACAACGAAACUUUGAGUUCAAAUUUGCCGUCGACAAGUUGCAAGGCUCUCUCUACCGAAGUGACCCCGAUGGGAAACAACCUGAAUCGCUACUGGUAGAAUUGAUUGCGGAGAAUUUUGACUUGAAUUUCUAUAUUAGGCCUUUCGAUAUGGCAGCUGAAGUAUCACUUGGCUCUGUGACGGUGGACGAUUUUGUCGACAAUCCACCAGCGGAAUUCAAGUCCAUCGUAUCUUCCGGCGAUGUUGAAGAUCGCCAACAAGAGAGGGACCUAGUUCGCGUGAAAUUCACCAGAGUUAAACGAGAAUCACCGGAAUUCAUGCCAAUAUAUGAAGGUAUAGAGACGAACGUUAAUGUCGCCGUUUCUACCAUCAAUCUCAUCGUGACCAGAAAGACGCUGCUCACUCUCUUAGAUUUUAUUCUAACCACGUUUACUAACAAUAAUGGCCCAAGCCCUCAACCGACAAGAAGGGUUAAGGGAAUUGACGAUGAAAAUAACGAAGUCGAAAUUGUCGAGCCGAUACCUAACUCGCAGCAGAAUGAAAGUGGUUCUAUUCGCGUCAAGGUGGAUCUCAAGAGUAUUCGCAUGAUCUUGAAUAACGACGGUAUUCGCUUGGCAACACUUUCGUUCAACCAUGCUGACGUCGGAGUUUUCCUGCUUGGAAAGACAAUGAGAGUGGCAGCCAAACUUGGUGAUCUUACACUAGUCGAUGAUGUUAACAUCGGUGCGUCAGAAGACUCGAGUUUCCGACAGCUCGUUACAAUCCAAGGUGAUGAACUUGCCGACUUCCGCUACGAAACAUUCGACUCGAGUAACAAGAAGGCCUACCCAGGAUAUGAUUCCUCUAUUUAUCUGCGCGCUGGGUCUAUUAAGGUCAACUUCCUCGAAGAGCCGUUUAGAAAGAUCAUUGAGUUUCUGGUCAAAUUCGGCAAGAUGCAAGCUAUCUACAAUGCUGCACGCCAAGCAGCCGCGAACCAGGCCCAACAAUUACAGCAGAGCACUAGCAGAUUCAAGUUUGAUGUCAUCGUCAAUACUCCUAUCAUUGUUUUCCCUCAUGCCCUCUCUCCGGAUCGACCAAAGCGAGACUUGAUCACAGCUUACCUGGGAGAGAUCUAUGCCCAGAACAAAUUUGCGCCGCUGGAUGACUCUGAAGAUUCGGAGAUUGCCAUGAAGCUGUCUGCAGGGAUCAGAAACAUCAGAUUAACAUCGUCGUUCCAUUACCCCCAUGAACAAUCUGAGGAACUUGAAAUGAUUGAUCAUGUAGAUCUUGGCUUUAAUAUCACUUACGCUGAACAUAAAGAGGGAUGGAAGCGGCCGGAUAUGGAAAUUGAAGGCAGCAUGACCGACUUCAAUCUGAGAAUCACCCAAUACCAACUCAACUUCCUCUUAGCAAUUUCUAAAUCCGUCCCGGCUGCUUUCGCGACAGACGCCAAUGCACGAGGAGAAGAAGCUGAACGGGAUGUUGACGAGGGCACAUUACGACGAGCUAAGACGAUGUCGUCCACUACAAGUGGGGGUGAUGGCCAGCUCAUCGACCUUUCUCCCGAGUUAGGCUCUAGGGAAAAUACAUGGACCAAGCUUGACCUCGUAUUCAAUAUACACAAGAUUGGUCUUGAGCUCAUCAACGCUUAUGAAGAUAAACCCGUCGACAAUAUGGAUGCCGCCAGUUUGUCACGAUUUUCUCUAGAUGAUAGCAAGCUCAAAACUCGAAUGCUGGCCGACAACUCGCUCGAAGCCGAGUUCGUGAUACAGUCAUUUACUAUACAUGACAGCCGCACUCGCGAAGGAAGCAAGUACAGAAGGAUCAUGACAUCCUCUAACAAGACCGUCCAGCAGUUUAUGGCGAGUGUCUCUAUGUCCGGCGGUGAAGAGCGAAAUGUAAUCGCGGUAGUCGCUAUUGACAGUCCUAGGAUUAUAUUUGCUUUGGACUAUCUUUUUGCCAUUCAAAAAUUCGUUAUGGCUGGCUUGAAAGCUGAUGAGCCUCCUGCGGCUGUUUUGGAAAGCCCUAUAGAGACCCCUGAUAUUUCUGAUGCCGAGUCAAUGAAUGUUCAGUGGACUGGGAAACAGUCUCAGAGGAGCGCACAGGCGCCUCAGUCGCCUCAAUCAGAAGAGCCCCCUAAGAAGGAUGAGGAGUCCAAGUUAAAUGUUGCUUUCCGCGUUAAUAUUGUUGAUUCGCAAGUCAUAUUAAUCGCCAAUCCCCUCAGUUCCAGCUCAGAGGCGAUUGUUCUGGGUACCAAGCAAGUCUUGCUGUCGCAGCAGCACUCAUUAACCUUCCAAGUUUCACAAGUCGGUAUGUUCCUGUGUCGCAUGGAUAAAUUUGACGAGACGAGGCUCCGCAUCCUCGACGACUUCUCUAUCCAGCUAUCAAUGGACAGUUCCCAGCCAAAUCGAUCAAGCAUCCAUGUCGACAUCGAUCCAUUAAUUCUCCGCUUAUCACUUCGAGAUAUUCUCCUUGUUCUCCAGAUUAUUAGCAAAGCAUCCGAGCUCUCUGGGAAUGAUAAUAGUCGGCCUAAACCAAAAGUUAGUGCAUCAGACAGAAAAGCGAAACAAUUACGACAAGCUGGUAUUAAGGAGCGCACCGCAAGUGGUCGCGGCCAAUCUACUAUUGCGGGCAACAAGAGUAGAACGGCCAAGACUCCGGGUACAAUAGCCACUGGAAGAUCUGGGAAGGGCCAAUCCCACGAACCCCAUGAUCUCAGCAAAACCCCAAAGCGCCACGAGGAGCUAACCGCCACAAUUGACGGAGUUCGCGUAAUACUUAUCGGCGACGUACACGAGUUGCCAAUCCUGGAUCUGAGUGUCAAGAAUUUUACCGCAUCUGCAGCUGAUUGGUCGAGCACCCUCAAAGCCGAGACUGCCAUUGAUAUGUACAUAAACGUGUACAACUUCGCUAAGUCUGCUUGGGAGCCGCUACUAGAGCCUUGGCAAGUUGGCCUAGGUGUUGCUAAGCAGCAAGAGAGUGGAAUGCUUUCGGUCGACGUUUCAUCUAAGAGGACAUUUGAUGUUACGGUAACAACUGCAACGAUUGCCUUAGCAUCCAAGUCCUUUGACUUCUUAACAAGAGAUGAAGAUGUCUUGGGUAAACCUCGUGGGGUUGAAGCCCCAUACAAGAUUCGAAACUACACCGGCUUCGAUGUCUCAGUUCAGGCUAAGAGCCAGAGUAAUGAGAACAUCUCCCUCAAGUUGCAAGACGGCGAAGAAGGACCAUGGAGUUUCGAGCAUUGGGAGAAGAUGCGAGAGAAUAUUAUGUCGGAAACCAAUGCGACGAGUAGUGUUGCUGUUUUGAUCGAGGGAAGUGGUUUCGAUACAGUCAAAAAUAUUCGACUCAAUCGUGAGGGAGAGUUCUUAUAUAGUCUGCGACCGAAGACGGACAACACUCUCCAUCGACUACUCGUCGAAAUCAAACUGGGCUCAGACAAUAUCAAAUACGUAACCCUUCGUUCGCCCCUUGUAGUCGAAAAUGAGACGCAAAUACCGGUAGAGCUAGGUGUGUACGACGUCCAAGAGGGUCACCUACUUAAGAUCGAAAAGAUCGCGCCUGGAGAAAGCCGACCGGCUCCAGUGGCAGCUGCGUUCGUCAAAUCUCUAUUGGUACGACCGGAUUCGGGUUUUGGCUACUCGUGGUCGUCCGAACAUCUCUGGUGGAGAGAUCUACUUAAGAGACCGACGCGCACACUUGUGUGCAAGGGCGAAAAUAGUGAGCUGUUUUACUUCCAAAUGAAUACGAGUUUCGAUCGAGGCCACUUCUUAACAGGAAAAUAUCCAUAUAUGAAACUCAAGCUCUCUCCCCCAAUAGUCCUAGAGAAUCUACUACCUUACGACUUUAAAUACCGGAUCUAUGAUAAGAAUACGAAGCGAGACUGGACGAACUUCCUCCGGAAGGGCGGUGUCAGCCCUGUCCAUGUUGUAGAGCUGUCGCAUCUCCUUUUGCUAAGUGUCGACAUGCAAGACACUGUAUUCAAACCUAGUGAAUUCGCUAUCAUCAACUCUGGCGCGCAGGAAGACUUCCGGAAAGAAUAUAAGCUCGUCUGUAAAGAUGGCGAGGAUCUUCCACUGAACCUCAAACUUCAUUACUUCAAAAUUCCGGAUGGCGGCGGCGCUUUUAAGGUUACUGUUUACAGUCCAUACGUCGUACUAAAUAAGACUGGCCUAGAAGUGAACGUCCGUGGCAAGCAAUUUCUACAGCAGCCAAGGAGAGCCGCCGGCCAAUCAGCUGUCGCUGACACCACGGAUCAAGAGCGGCCCAAAGCUUUGCCUUUCAUGUUCUCGUAUAGUAAUGAUGAUCAGCGCAACCGCGCUCUUCUAAAGAUUGGCGAAUCGGAAUGGAGUAAACCACAGAGUUUCGACGCUAUUGGAAGUACGAGUGAAGUCGCCUUACCAUCAUCUAGGAAGGAUUCCGAGAUCCAUGUAGGCAUUACUGUCGAACCUGGUGAUGGCAAGUACAAGUUGACGAAAGUCGUCACUCUUGCGCCUCGUUUCGUAGUCAAGAACAAGAUUGGCGAGGAGCUCGUCGUUAGAGAGUCCACUUCAUCUAAAACAAUGACGUUGAAGGCAGGUGCCCUUCAGCCUCUCCAUUGGCUUCAGAAGUCCGCAACAAAACAAAUAGCGUUGAGGUUCCCAGGAGUUGACGACCAGUGGACAUCACCCAUUAACAUCUCGGACCUUGGUACUGUUCACCUCAAGAUUGCAAAGGCCGGACAGCGACAACGACUCAUUCGGGUUGAGAUUCUAAUGGAGGAUGCGACAAUCUUCCUUCACCUUAGUAUGGAGAAGAAGAACUGGCCAUUCUCUAUGCGAAAUGAAAGCGACAUAGAAUUUACGUUCCAUCAAGCAAAUCCGAACGUAGAUGAAGAUGGUGUUGAAGAUCGUUCUGGAUGGAGACCGAUUAGGUAUCGUUUGCCUCCACGAAGCAUCAUGCCUUAUGCUUGGGACUUCCCGGCUGCCAAAUUCAAGGAAGUGGUCAUUAGCGCAUUUAACAAAGAACGACAUGUAAAACUCGCAGAGAUCGGUAACCAAGUACCAAUGAAGUUUGUCAGUAGUUCUGGCACACAGAAGAUCAUCGACAUCAACGUCGCAGCUGAUGGCCCAACUCAAACAUUGAUUCUAUCCAACUUCAAACCAAGCAGGAGCUUGUAUCGCCAAAGGACACAGACGGGUUCAAGCACCAGCAGCACUAGUGGCUUUGAAGUCAAGAGUCAAGACACUGGCACAACGUUCCAGGCACAACUGAGACUUUCUGGCAUUGGUAUCUCGCUCAUCAACCAACAGCUCAAGGAAUUAGCGUAUAUCACAUUCAGGGAUAUUAGCCUCCGCUAUAAUGAGUCCGCCCUAUACCAAACAAUUAGUACCUCCAUUAAAUGGAUCCAGAUCGACAAUCAACUAUACGGUGGCCUCUUCCCAAUGAUACUUUACCCCAGUGUGGUACCCAAACAGGCACAGGAGACAGAACUCCAUCCCUCGCUACAUGCUAUGGUUACUAGAGUCAAGGACGACUCAUAUGGUGUUCUUUAUGUCAAAUACGCCACCAUUUUACUCCAGCAAAUGACUGUUGACCUUGACGAAGAUUUCAUUUACGCCGUGCUAGAUUUCUCGAAGAUUCCCGGUGCUUUUGAAUCCGAAAUUAAUGAAGGAAAGCUUUGCGAUGAAGGCUUGGAUAUCCCGGAGCCUAAACAGGAACAAUCGGGCCAGGAUAUCUACUUCGAGGCCCUGAACAUACAACCGAUGCAAUUGGACCUAUCUUUCAUGCGCACUGAGCGUGUCAAUGUCGAAGACAAGACCUCUUCUCGCAAUCCCAUCAUGUUCUUCGUCAACGUGAUGACUAUGGCUAUCGGGAACGUCAACGAUGCUCCGAUCCGAUUGAAUGCUUUGUUGUUAGAGAACGCUCGGGUCUCUAUCCCCGUCCUCACUCAAAACAUCUCGAAUCACUACAGCCAAGAGGUCCUUUACCAGGUCCAUAAGAUCAUUGGCAGCGCCGAUUUCCUUGGGAAUCCGGUCGGUUUAUUCAACAGCAUCAGCAGUGGUAUUACUGAUGUCUUCUAUGAACCAUACCAAGGUCUCAUUAUGUCCGACAAGCCCGAGGAUCUCGGAUUAGGUAUCGCGAAAGGAGCUGCUAGCUUCGUCAAAAAGUCCGUCUAUGGUUUCUCAGAUUCAUUUUCUAAGGUCACUGGUAGUUUUGGUAAGGGUUUAGCAGCUGCAACUCUAGACAAGCAAUUUCAGGAUCGCCGUCGAAUUACGCGAGCUCGUAACCGGCCAAAGCAUGCCUUGUUUGGUGUUACAGCAGGUGCAAAUUCUUUCUUCACGUCGGUUGCAUCGGGUAUCGGUGGCGUCGCGCGCAAACCGCUCGAAGGGGCAGAACAAGAAGGCGCAGUUGGAUUCUUCAAGGGUGUUGGUAAAGGCUUUAUAGGUUUGGCGACUAAGCCCGCCGUGGGUGUGUUUGAUCUUGCAUCCAACGUGUCUGAGGGUAUUCGUAACACUACGACUGUCUUUGAUGGUUCGGAACUGGAUCGCGUCCGGCUCACGCGAUUUGUGCCCGCCGAUGGCAUUGUACGACCCUACAACCAACGUGAAGCGCUAGGCCAAUCUUGGCUCAAACAAGUCGAUAACGGAAAGUAUUUCAACGAGGGCUAUAUCGCACAUCUAGAAUUGCCCAGGGAAGAUAUGGUGGUUAUAGUUACAUUCAGUCGAAUCCUUCUAAUUAGGAGUAAGAGGUUGACUACAGAGUGGGAUAUCCCGCUCAAGGACGUCCAGACAAUAACGAAAGAGCGCACGGGCCUUAGUAUUGUCCUGCGAGGCGGUACCAAUGGACCGUUCAUCCCCGUUGGCGAAGAAAGUGGCCGCGCUUUCUUGUAUCGUAUGGUGGCGGUUGCUGUUGAGGAAUUCAACCGGAGGUUCAAGGGCUUGGAAUGA